AUGGCUACGAAUAUGCGAGGGUUGACGCAAUUUAUUGCGGACAUCCGUGGGGCGAGAGUCAGGGAUCUAGAGGAGAAGAGGAUUAAUAAGGAAAUGGCCAAUAUUCGGAAGAAGUUCAAAGACGGCAAUCUCGAUGGCUACCAGAAGAAGAAAUAUGUGGCGAAAGUCCUCUAUACCUAUAUACUAGGUUACAAGGUCGAUGUCGGGCAUAUGGAGGCCGUGAACUUGAUAUCCAGCCACAAGUACAGUGAAAAGCAAAUUGGAUAUCUGGCCGUCACACUGCUCAUGCAUGAGAAUUCCGACUUCCUGCGCCUUGUCGUGAACUCUAUCCGUAAGGACUUGGACGACAAUAAUGAGAUUAGCAACUGUCUCGCGUUGCACGCGAUAGCAAAUGUCGGUGGUCAAGAGAUGGCAGAGGCGCUGUGCGAGGACGUGCAUCGAUUAUUGAUAUCACCAACCUCUCAGAGUAUGGUCAAGAAGAAGGCGGCCUUGACUCUUUUGCGUUUAUACCGUAAACACCCUGAGGUGAUUCCUGCGGCGGAAUGGGCUCUUCGAAUCGUGGCGAUCAUGGACGACCCGGAUCUGGGAGUUGUACUCUGUGUGACUACACUCGUUCUUGCAUUAGCACAAGACCAUCUAGAGCCCUUCGCUGUAUGCUAUCAGAAGGCUGUGGAUCGGUUGCACAGGCUUGUCGUGGAACACGAAUUCCCAGCAACAUAUGCGUACUACAAGGUCCCUUCUCCAUGGCUACAGGUCAAGUUACUCCGUCUGCUGCAAUAUUAUCCACCUUCGGACGAUAACGCCAUACGAACCACUCUUCAUCAGACUCUCGAGACCAUCAUGAACAAUAGCGCCGAGCAGUCUCGCAACAUGCAACACAACAAUGCCCAGCGCGCUGUGCUCUUCGAGGCCAUCGGUCUCGCCAUCCAUUUGGACACCAACUCGCCUCUUGUUGGCACCGCUGCCGUUCUCCUAGCGCGAUUCAUCUCUUCCAAAGAGACUAACGUUCGGUACCUCGGUCUCGAUACCCUUGCGCAUCUAGCCGCACGAGCGGACUCUCUGGAUGCAAUCAAGCGCCACCAGGAUACUGUUAUCCUUUCCCUACGGGAUCGGGAUAUAUCCGUACGAAGGCGAGCUCUCGACCUACUGUACAGCAUGUGCGACGUGGACAAUUCGGAAGUUAUUGUCGGAGAGCUCUUGCGCUAUCUGAAAGUUGCCGACUACUCACUGCGCGAGGAGAUGGUUCUCAAGAUUGCAAUCUUGACAGAGAAAUACGCCAACUCCUACCGGUGGUAUGUCGACACCAUAUUGGAACUCAUCAGCGCGGCUGGAGAUCAUGUUGGCGAUGAGGUUUGGUACCGCGUAGUCCAGAUUGUCACGAACACGGAAGACCUACAGGCUUAUGCCGCCCGUGUCGUCUUUGCUCGGUUGAGGCUACCCGUUGCUCACGAGAGCUUGGUCAAAAUAGGAGGAUAUAUACUGGGAGAGUACGGACACCUUAUCGCCAACGAUGAGGGAUAUAGCCCCAUUGAACAGUUGCACGCUCUCCAUUCGAAAUCUCAGUUCUGCGCCGCCCCGACUCGCGCUCUCCUCCUAUCCACAUAUAUCAAAUGGGUCAACGUCUUUCCUGAGAUCAAACCUCAACUCAUCAAUAUCUUCGAGCGUUAUCGUCACGUCCUCGACUCAGAGCUCCAGCAGCGUGCAUGCGAGUACUAUGCUUUAGCUUCCCGGCCAGACGAAGAUGAGCUCCUCCAGAACGUCUGCGAGGAGAUUCCUCCCUUCCCUGCUCGCGAAAGCGCACUCGUCUCGCGCCUGAACAAAAAGAACGACGCUGGUGGGGAUAAGCGGACGUGGGUUCAUGGCGGAAAAGAGGCGAACCAGGAUCGGGAAGUGAGCAAGGUGCAACACACGGGGGGGUCUGCAAGUGCGAAUGGGCACGUUGGUGUUCCCGAGACCUCUGUUGGAGACGCGGACAUCUUGUCUUCUCUGCAAGGCCUUGACCUAUCAGCCUCCACCGGUGUCCCUGGCUCAUCGAAUGGCGUAGCGACCAUGGCCAAGCCCGCGAUAGUAUCAAACCUUGCUGUCGGCGUGAACGUUGAUCGCUGGUUUGAGAAGCUCACCUACGCCAACGAGGGUGUCUUGUUUGAAGACGUAUCGCUUCAAGUUGGCCUCAAGUCCCGCUACCAAGGGCAUAUGGGCCAGAUUGCCGUCUACAUCGGCAACAAGCUCUCCGCCCCAUUCACCUCCUUCACGACCAAGAUCGACGUACCGGAACCGGACGCGUUAUCGGUAUCUUUUGCUAAGAUACCGCCAAACACCGUCGCCUCGCGGACCCAGUCUCAACAGAUUCUUCACGUCGAGUGCAAAAAGCCCUUUACGAAGCCACCUGUGCUCACGAUCUCCUUUCUGGCCGGCGCGCUGCAGACUGUCGCCAUUCGCCUUCCCAUAGUGAUGUCUAAAUUCCUCGAGCCUGUCAGCUUAGGCCAAGCGGAGUUUUUCGAACGGUGGAAGCUCAUCGGGGGCCCGCCGCGCGAGGCGCAGAGCGUGUUCACGAUUCCCUUGACCGCAGCUGGGAAUAUCGACCUUGAUAGAAAUCGCUCGGUUGUUUCCGGAUGCCAAUUCGCCGUUUUACCGAAUGUCGACCCGAACCCGAGCAAUAUUGUUGCCGCUGGUGUUUUACAUAUGUCUGUAGGCGGUAAGGUAGGUUGCCUGCUGCGGCUCGAGCCGAAUAAGGAUGCAAAGCUCUGUCGCAUCACCGUGCGUAGUACGUCUGAAGAAGUUGCUGCAGAAGUACAAAAGCUAGUACAGAAGCCGAUAUCCACAAAUUCAGCGAGUAAACCGUGA